AUUUGUAUGCCCACACUCCGACACUCCUGCCUACAAAAGUGUAACCUUACAAUUUUUGUUGGUUUUGUUUGGGUUUAUUUUAACUUUUAAGUUCCAUGUUCUUUAAAAAUUAGACGGAACGUGUAAAAACAUGACAUCUAGAAUUUUAACGAGAGGAAACUCGUUUUUGCUGACGUUGAGCAGAUUUUCUUCUGAUUUAAGCACCGCUUUGAAAGAGUCGACUGAUCUUGUCCACGUAAACCAGUUACCUCCAAGGCACUUGCCGUUUCUCAACCGUUAUGAGCCUCCAAGACAAGCGUGGGUCGAAAACCUAGAUACGAUAGAAGAAGUGAAAAAGUCAAUUAUUGACCUACACCCGGAUGUGUUCGGCGUAAUGCCAAGAAUAGACGUGAUACAGGAAAAUGUCAAAUGGCAAAGAAAUUAUAAGCGUGUUAGUAUUGCAAAUACAAAAAUCCGUAAUGAAGUACGAGGCGGUGGUAGGAAGCCUUGGCCUCAGAAAGGCCUCGGUCGGGCGAGACACGGAAGCAUUCGUUCACCCCUCUUUAAAGGAGGAGGGAUUAUUCAUGGACCGAGAUCCCCGACAUCUUAUUUCUCCAUGCUGCCUUUCUUUAAAAGAAUUCUAGGUCUUACUUCUACACUAUCCAUUAAACUUGCACAGGAUGACUUGCAUGUUGUUGAAAAUAUUGAAUUGCCGACCGAUGAUCCACAGUAUUUAGAAGAUCUUGUCAGAACUAGGAAUUGGGGUGUUUCUGUUCUUUUUGUAGACGAGAAUGAUCACAUGCCUAAAAAUAUUACAGCAGCAACAGAUAAAAUAAAACACAUGAAUAUCAUGCCUGUUUAUGGUUUAAAUGUUUAUAGCAUGCUUAAGCAUGAAACUCUUGUGUUAACCCUUGAUGCCGUCAACAGAAUUGAGGAGAGAAUAUUAUAUCAACUAAACAGGCCAGAUUACAACGAGAAAAAUAAAAAAUUCCGUUCAGGCCAGUAAUGAAGAAUAUCACUUGUAUAUAUUAUUUGUAGAUUCUUUUUAGUGGUUGUUACAAUAAAAUAUAAACAUACAA